CCCACAACAAAAAACAGCUGGAAGACAUCCAAGAUGGCGGCCGCGUCGGUCGAAGCCCACAACAUGGACGACAAGAAAUUCCAAUACUUCUCUUCCAUCAACUCCAUGGCCAAUAAAAUCAUGCAGGAGCGGGAGAAAAUCAAAAACAAGCACGGCUCGACGUGGGACAAAAUGUCGCCGCAGGAGCAGGACAACGCCAUCGACAACUGGUUGAUGGACCCGCACAUCCGAGCCCGAUACACCAUGCACCGGGUGGACCGGGACGAGGUGGUCUGCUACCCCAAGCUACUCAUCCAGACCGGACAGAAGAUCGUCCAUUUCGGGGAAGAGGAUAUUACAUGGCAAGAUGAGCAUUCGUCCCCCUUCUCAUGGGAAACCAAGAGCCAAAUGGAAUUCAGCUUGACAAUGGGCCCCGACCAGGGAGUGUCUGUCUCCCAGGGGGACCCCAAACCCGCAAAGACCCCGCACUCCUCUCAGCUUGGCAAGAGUGUAACCGGAGCCAAGGUGUCAGUGAGCGAGAGCAGGCGUCCAGAGGAGGAGUCCGCUUUCUGGAAGAUCAGCGCCGAGCGGUCACGACUGGAGGGUGAGAAAGCCGACUUUCAGUCGCUGACGCCCAGCCAGAUCAAGUCCCUGGAGAAAGGAGAGAAGCCGCUGCCCUCGUAUCUGCGUCAGGAGGCAUCUUUCCCCUCCAAAGAGCCGGAGUCGGACCCCCACCCACCGCCGCUGUCCAGGCCGGCCAAGCAGCGAGCGCCCAAGCCUCCGGCCCCGCAACCUCCCGUCGCUGCUCCCGCCGCCAUCUCCAUUUCGCCAAGCCCCGUUCCUCCGGUCAGCGUCGCGGCGUCGGGGGCGGGCUGGGAGCGGUCGCAGAGCACCCUGCCGGUUGUCAGCUACACCGUGGAUGAGGUGUUCCCCACCCCCAGUCCCCUCGCCAAGAGCCCCGCUCUCCCUGGCAACAAGGAAAAAGAGGAGGACGCCUCGCCCGGCAGUCCUGCCUUUUCCCAGCAGUUUAACAGCAGUAACAACAUCCUGAAGACAGGAUUCGAUUUCCUGGACAACUGGUAAACCCAGCAGCGGAGACGGGGCCGUUGGAUGACAUCACCACCACUCCACCAAUGACAUUACCAUCAUCCAAUCGCGUGCCCUGUUUUUUUUUUUUUUUCUUCUCGCCAAACACUGCCUGUCCUCUCGACUCCUUUACCGGACCUUUCCCACGCCAAUUGAAUCAGUAUCUGUUAGCUCAGUGUUUCCCAAGCUACAUAUCUUACAUUAGGGGGGGGGGAAAAAAUCACUAAAUAUAUACUGAAAUGG